AUGCCAGACACGGUGACGGAUAGGACGCUAGUGCUGGCGCUACUGGCAGUAGAGCGUUGCAAACAUACUCUCCCAUCCAAUGCUGCGAGUCUGAACAGACGCGGGACGCGCAACAUCGUAGCGCUGGACAAGCUGUUCUGCUCGGUGUCGAACUUCAACAAGGCGAGCAAGAGCCAUUACGUCAUCCUGUCGUCGCUGGCGCAGGGGCUGGGCACGGCGCGUCUGCUGGCCCGCAUGCCCGACGUCAUCCGUGACGUCAUCGGCGCGCUCACCGUCAAGGACGUGCAGUCUAGCGCCACCGUGACGCUAGAAACGCUGCUGAAGUACCACGUGUCUGGGGACGUCUCUACCGACGAGCUGUACGACGAGUGGGUGGCGCCGGCGCUCGAGCACGCGGCCUACGCGCGGACCCACUCCGCCGCGCUGUCCGCGCUCGAAGCGCUGCUGGCCAAGCUGCUCCGACUCCACGAGCCCAUCGUCGAGCGGCUUCUCCCUCACAUCAAGAUCGCGGAGCAACACGUGCGUUCCUCGGACCUCAAGGGCAUCCUGCUCCUAGUGAACGCACUGAGGCGAGCGGGCGUGGCCGACAAGCUGGCUGGAGACAACCCUCCUGCUGAUGCUUGGAAGGGGCUCGUCAGCUAUGACGUGCUGAAGAGGGCGGCUGUGGAUGCUGUGGAUGAGACGCGCUACUUAGCGCUGGGCGUGGUGACGCGUUCGGCGCGAACAACGGAGGCGCUGUCCGAAGGAGACCUGGACUUCGUGCUGUACUUCCUCAAGUACAACAUCAACUCGCAGGACCCGCACUUCCGGCAGCUCAUACUGGCGCUGAUACAGACCUUCACCAAGCGCCUGCAAGACAGCUACAAGCCGCUGGCCCGCAAGGACGACUCAGCCUGUGCUUACUACCGGGCCUUCCUGGAGCGGUUCCGCGCGCAGUGCUUCGCCAGCCUCGUGCCCGGCGCCUCCUACAGCCGCCGCAAGCUGUCACUUGAGGCGCUAUGCAACGCAGAUUCCGUCGACAUGGACGGAUAUGACAGAGAUUGGAAAGAAGAAUACGUAGAAAAACUCCUUCUACACCUGGAAGACAGUUAUGAGGUCAACAAAUCUUUGGCGAUGUGGAUUUUGUCGAAUGCCCCAGUUGAUCUAAUCACGAACCGACGCUACAGUGUCAGCCUGGACGUGGAUACUAUCAUACGGCAGGCGUCGUCGAUGAAGCCGACCGACUGUUCGUCCGCUGCGUACAAACUCGUCUUUCUGCAGAAAAAGCUACCAGAAUUGGUGUUGGCAGGAGAAGAAGGAGAAAUCACGGCAGCGGAGCCGGCGAUGUUCGCGCUAGUUUCGCGGCUGGUGCGCGAACUUCGCGCGCAACUGGCUGUGAGCGCGCGCAGCGUGGCGGCGGCGGCGCGCGCGGCGCCCAUGUACGGCGUGCUGCACUGCGUCGGCUACUUCAUGACCCACUGCGACCCCGCAGUUCUAGCAGGCGACGACCAAUGGAGAGCGCUGAUCGCUGAACUCAUAGAUCUAUGCUUGCUAGUGAACCAAAGCGUGGCUUGUGUGGUCAACAACGCGUCACCCGAGGGACACCUGCCUAUGGACGCUGGUGGCAUCGCAACAGAUGACUACGGCAACACGGGUGACCUGAGACUAGAAGAUGGAAGACCAGUUACAGCUCAAAUGGUGCUUCUAUGUGCUUGGAGAUCAGUGAAAGAGGUGUCAAACAUUCUCGGCACGUUGGUGGCCCGGAUGAGCAUCGAACUGGAGGACGAGACGGGCUUACUGUCGCACGAGCAGCUAAAUCGCAUCGGCCAACACUUCACCCAACUGCUGGCUGAGACCAAACAUCGGGGCGCGUUUGAGCAGGCGUAUGUGGGCUUCUCCAGGAUGCUGACCAGGCUGUGGAGGUGCCGCUCGGAGGAGCUGCACCUGAUGCCGCGUAUGUGGUUACGGGACUGCAUCCGCGUCAUCUCCGCGCCGCAGCCCGGCCUGAGUGCUACACGACGCAGCGCCGGCCUGCCAUACAUGAUUAUGGCACUUACCACCACCGAAGUGCAGGUGGCAGGUAGCCCCAAAUAUCUACCACAAUGCAUGACUGCCCUUCUUCGCCUCGCCAACUACGUCCCUAACCCAGACGUGUAUCCUGCAACAAGUAAUGCCGAACAAGUGACUCUUGAUGCAGAGCCCGAAAAUGUUCCUUCCACUUUAAAUACUACUACACAUGAGCCCAGUGACCGAGCUAAUGCUUCGGGAGCUACCAAUCAAGAUGAGCCGCAUGACCCAUACGUGGAAGUGAGAACUCACAGCAUGAACAUUCUGCGGGCGCUGUUUAAGACGUCAGCUUUGGAGGAGGCCCUGGGGGGAUACGUUGGGGAGGGGCUGAUGGUCGCACUGCGAGGCUUCGAGAGGGAGACGUGGAUGGAGCGCAACAGUUCCACGCUGCUGUUCAGUGCGCUGAUGGUGCGCAUAUUCGGCGUGGACCGCGCGCGCCACUCCGACUUGCCCGCGCUACGAAACACCAUGACCGGUCGCAUCUUCUUCCUGCGCUACCCGGCGCUUUACGACUUCAUACUGAACAAGCUGAAGGAGGCGAACGAAUCGAUGGAGCACGAGCUACAGCCGGCUCUGUGCCCGGUGCUGCUGCUGCUGGGCCGCCUGUACCCGUCCGCGCUCGAGGGCACGGCGUCGGCGCUGCGGCUCGUGGCGCUCCUGCCGCUCGUCGCCGCCGCCGCCCGCAGCCCCGUGCGAGCGGCGCGGGAGCUGGCUGCGCGCGCGCUGCUGCCGCUCGUGGCGCCCGACCAAUACAUGGCGUUCGUCGAGGCGUUGCUUAACGUGAUCUCCGACCCGGAGAUCAAACGCAACUAUUGCCAUGGCGUGUUACUACAGCUCACUCGACUGCUGGACGCUCGUCCGGACGAGGCCGCGCUGGAGGGCGAAGCCCUGGCGUGCCUGCGCCUCCGCCUGGAGCAGACGCUGUGGAUCGUCGAGCAGGCCGACGGAGACCACGCCUGCUAUGUCAUCGCCGACGAGUAUGCGAAGAUGAUCAAUAUGCUGCUGUGGAGGUUCCCAUCUUUGAUUAGUGACGAUUUGUUAUCCCGCAUACAAUCGCAGAUACACAAAGUGAUAUUCGCAUACUACGUCCCGCCGAUCACGUCGGGCCGUGACGUGUGUAUCGGCAACUUCGUCAAUCUCUACUUCGUGCUGCUCAGGAAAUCGCGCAACAUCAAGACCAGCUCCGAACUGAUCUCCUUAACCCUCAGCCACAAGACUUACGAAGUGGUGCUGAGCACUCUCAACUACCUGCUCAUACUUCACAACAGCCUGGACAUUGAAGACUGCAAAUUCCAAAAGCACCUGUCGACGAUGGUGUACCUCGACAUAUUAGCGGUGAUGAGAAGGAGGUCCGACUACAUCCAGAAACUGUGCAAGAUAUUCGAGACCAGCAAAUACCCGGAGUGCAACCAGAAGGCUUUGAAAGUGUUGAGUUUGGAAAAGAACACGCAGAAGCACAUCGUCGGGAUCAAAAUGGGCGGCAAGCGCGUCAAAUACAUCACGGACGAGGAAAUCAUUUGGAAGCUGUUCGACUGCAUUCAGAAUGAGCACGAGAAUCUGACUCACAUUUACUUGAAGAGCCUGUGCGGUUUCGUGUCGACGAAGUUGCAGCAGUCGAAGAUAUUCCCAGAGAUCGUGUUAGAGGUGCUGCGCGUCAUCCACUCCUGUAGUACGUCGGACAACAGCGACUGCACGCGGCAGGAGGUCGCCGAAUUUAUGACAGCUAAUUGCGAAAAACUGCUGAAAAUGGAUUUGGGAAGCAUCAAUGAGAAAGAAAGAUUCGAGUUCAAGUCGCUGAUCUUCGGCAUGCUGGUCACGCUGCUCGAAGACGACGAGCAGAGCAUCCGCUACGCGGCGUCCAACGUCGUCGCCGCCGUCGCCGCGCCCGCCGGCCCGGGCUCGCCGACGCGCGUUAUACCAGCGCGAGCCGCCGAGAUGCUGCGGGCAAUGCUGGACGAGCAGCCGCCGGCUAUGCUGGUCAUGCUCGCGCUCAUGGACUUCAAGUCCGAGGUCUGCGUCACGGACGACAUCGGCGAUGAGUGUCGCGUGUUCGAUCAAAACGAGAGGUACAACGUAUUCCUGGAGGAGUGCGUGUGGAGCACCGCGUGCGCCGACAAGAUUCUGCGCACAUGCGGCGGCGAGCCGAGCGCGCUCGAAUUCGUGCGCCGCGUGCUCGCCGACGCGCUCUACCGGCCCACACUCGAAGCCAUGUGCUGCGCCAACCUGCGCGCCUUCGAGAAGCUGCUCGACAACCAACGAUCCCCCUACAGAAACGCAGUCGAAAACCCCAAAAUCGAAGUAUUCCUCAAGAAACUACGCGGCGAACCGGUCUAAGGAAUCGCGAUCGUUCGUUCCGGUGUUAUAUUGAUGGCUUAGAAGUUCAGGUAAUCUUGUUAUUUAUUAUGGGUGUUGAAAUUUAUUAAAUCAAUAGAGAUAAGAACAUUAUGAACGUUUAUUCGCAGCUUUUACGCACUACAAGAAUGUCAUUUACAUACAGUAUCAAACAAAACCUCAACAAAACUAAUAUUUACCUAAGUAAGUAUAGACUGUACAAUUUACAAACGUCACAUUCACUCAUUAAUAUGUAAUUUAGUUGAACUAACAGUACAAUUUAUAAUUCUGGAUGAUAGGAUUAAAGUACGCGAUGUACUCAGGCAGUGGAAUA